AUGUCCACCGACUAUACCACCUGGUCGAACUCUGCUCUCAUCGAACGAGUCACAGCCCUCGAAACCCAACUCCGAGCGCAGAACGAAUCCGCCCUCGCCUCCACCGCCGCAACCUCUGCCCUCGACAAGAAACCUCGAAAAGCUCCGAAACCCUUCGAUCCCUCCCGCUACAACACCCGCCUCAUCGCGCUCAAAUUCGCCUAUCUAGGCGGCGCAUACAAUGGUUACGAACAUCAUACGAACAAUACUACACCUCUACCGACGAUCGAAGAGGAGUUAUGGCGAGCGCUGAGGAAAGUGCGAUUGAUAUUCCCGGCGUUCAAGCCGGAGAAGAGUGAGGACGACGUGGAAUGGGAAGGGUGCGAGUACAGUAAAUGCGGGAGGACGGACAGAGGCGUCAGUGCAUUUGGACAGGUAGUUGGAAUCAGAGUGAGGAGUAACCGGCCGAAGCCAUCACCACGGUCCGCAGAGAAUGCUGAGGUCGAGGAGGAGACCGCUGCGGACGCUGCGAAACAAGAUUCUACCCCAGACGACACCCUAGAGAAACCCUUUGACCCCGUCGCCGACGAGCUUCCCUACAUUCAACUUCUCAAUCGUGUCCUUCCGUCCGACAUCCGCAUCCUCGCCUGGUGUCCCACUCCGCCGUCAGACUUCUCCGCGCGCUUCAACUGCAAAGAGCGGCGGUAUCGCUACUUCUUUACGAACCCCGCCUACAUGCCUUUACCCGGGAGUUCCGCCUCGAAGCGUCGCGGAGCAGAGGAUGGAUGGCUGGACAUUUCCGCUAUGCAACAGGCGGCCGCGAAGUAUGAAGGUCUGCACGAUUUCCGAAACUUCUGUAAGGUAGACGCUUCGAAGCAAAUUGGCAAUUUCGAGAGGAGGAUCUUUCACGCGGGCAUUCAUAAAGUGGAGGGCACGGGAGAGGGCCCGGAGUUGUAUUGGUUCGAGGUAAGAGGCAGCGCGUUCCUCUGGCAUCAGGUGAGGCAUCUCGUGGCCGUGGUGUUCUUGGUCGGACAGGGGUAUGAGGAUCCAAGUGUGGUGGACUACUUGCUUGACGUGGAGAAGACGCCUGGCAAGCCGGCGUAUGAGAUGGCGAGUGAUGUCCCCUUGGUGCUGUGGGAUUGUAUCUUCCCGAAUGCCGAGGCGUUGGCGAAUGGUGAUCAUGGAUCUGGCGAGCGGAACUCGAAGGGAUAUGUGGAUGAUAUGGAUUGGGUGUAUGUUGGCGAUGAUCGUGGCGGAAGAGAUCCAGCCAAGCGUGCGCUGCCAGCUGUGGAAGAUGGCAAGCAUGGCCGUAAUGGUAUCAUGGAAGAGCUGUGGUCAUUGUGGCGCAAGCGGAAGAUGGACGAGGUGCUGGCAUCAAGUCUGAUGACCGUUGUAGCAGCGCAAGGCCAGCAGUUCACGCCUGCUCAGUUGGAGGCAUCGUCUGGCUCCAAUCGGAGUGCUCGUCUCUUCGACGGCAGUGGAGUGCCCAAUACCGUGGGAAAGUACAUUCCCAUCGCACAGCGUAAGCUCUUGGAGGCACCUGAUAUUAUCAAUGCGCGAUAUGCGCUGCGGAAAGGGUUGAAUGUCGAUAGAAAGCCCGCUGCGGAGGCAGAUCCAGGUGAUUAG